UCAGUGGUAAACAACAUACUAAGUUUCCGUAUUUACCCUCACCAAAAAGUUAAAAUUACAAUCCCAUCCAUGUGUUCGAAAUGGCAUUCAUUUUCAUCUUCUUCACAUCAACUCGAUCUUAAAACCGCCAUUGAUGACUUCGCACACAACACAACACUCUUAAACGCUGCGUUUUCACAAUUUCAACAACAACAAGACACUGAAACGCUGCGUUUCGAGUAUUUCAAUUCAUAAAAGAAAAAACAAUGAGGUCUUCUUCUUCGGGUGCGAUCAACAUAGCUGCGAGUGCUCAAAAACUUGACGUUGAUAAUCGAAUCGCUCUUCGCUUCUACUAUAGAAUCGCUGAUAACAUCCUUCGACAGGCUGACAUCUUUCGCACAGAGAAGAACAUUAUUGACCUUUAUGUUAUGCUUUUAAGAUUUUCUAGUUUGGCAUCUGAGACAAUACCGCGUCACCGAGACUAUAGAUCAUCUCCACAAUUCUUGAAACAAUCAUUGAAAAAGAAAUUGUUGAUUUCUUUGAACGAACUGGAGAAGUUGAAACCAUUGGUCCAGCAGAAGAUCAGCGAGAUUAACAGCAGAAACGCUCACCAACGAAGUGGACAAGAAUAUUUUCAUUUGAAUAAUUCAGUGGAUUUUUCUCCUAUGAAAAAGCAAACUUGGGCUAGUAAUGGCCAAAUAAAGAACGCCAGAGCAACUUCUAGGGAGUUUGUUUACCAAGGAUCAAGCGGCCAACAGUUCUCUUAUGUUAGGCCUGUGGAAGAGCAAGUGCGAAGACUAUCUCUAACUCUGCCACCUCCAAAGGAAGAAACUCUCUCUAGGCAUUCUAUCCUUGGUCCCAAUGGGCUUAAAGGGCAGUGGCGGCCACCUAGUACUGAUACAGGGGUCAGGUAUCCAACCAACAUAGAUCUGUCUCCAGUUGAACUACCAAGCCUACAACGUCCCUUGGAAGAUGAAUCUCUGAAUGAUAAAGAUAAUAGCAUCCCAGAACUCCAUAAAUCAGAUUUAGAUUCAAUUCUUACCCAGAUUGAGGACAGUCAGCCCCAGCAUGCUCAGGAGUCUCCUUCUCUUAUAUCUUUUGAAGAAACUGAAACCUCUGCUCAAAUAGAAAUUAUCAGACAACCUUCUCCUCCACCCGUACUCGCUGAAGUGCAAGAUUUGGUCCCUGCAGUGUCACCUCACAUUAAUGAGGCAGGGUAUAAGACAGAGAUGUCCUCAUCUGAUAGUUGUGUUCAUGCUGAGUCUCCUCUCCAACUGCACAUUUCAACUGCUUUGAUGGAGAACUUUAUGAAGCUUGCCAAGUCAAAUACUAAGAAAAAUUUGGAGACUUGUGGUGUUCUUGCUGGUUUGCUUAAAAACAGAAAAUUUUAUAUUACUGCUCUAAUAAUCCCCAAGCAGGAGUCAACAUCAGAUUCUUGUCAAACUACAAAUGAAGAGGAAAUAUUUGAAGUGCAGGAUAAACGGUCACUUUUUCCCCUUGGGUGGAUCCAUACACAUCCUACUCAAUCUUGUUUCAUGUCAUCAAUUGAUCUGCACACCCAUUACUCAUAUCAGAUUAUGCUGCCAGAAUCUGUUGCAAUAGUCAUGGCGCCGACAGAUACUUCAAGAAAUCAUGGCAUUUUUCGGCUGACAACCCCUGGUGGAAUGUCUGUUAUUAAACAAUGCGAUCAACGCGGCUUUCAUCCGCAUAAUCAGCCUCCAGAUGGUGGUCCUAUUUACAGCACCUGUACAGAUGUUUACAUGAAUCCAGAUUUAAAAUUUGAUGUCAUUGAUCUUCGGUGAUAAUAAGAGUUUGUUACAUCCACCCUUUCAUUGUUUAUACACCGUGCUUUCUCCUAUACAUAUAUGUAGUUUUUUUUUACUAUUUUACCAGCCUUUUCCAUAAAUCAUGUCUGGCUGUGUUUGUAAAAAAAGAAGGAAGAAAUCUUGCUUGUUGUUAUGGCUCUUUAUUCUUUGUGAUUACCACUCAUUUUAAGUAUACACUGGUGCACUUCAUGCACCACAAUUUCCUGCAAUUUUUUUUU